GCUCGCGAAACCUGGUGCCAGAAUUUACCGUUCUUGGUUCUAGACUUACGGCACCAGACUUCAUCGCCAAUCCGACUAGUUUGCUGGAACCAACGUAAGUUUUAAAUGACACUUAAAAAGUAAUGGGCUCGAGCGCUCCUGCAGACGGUCAGCUGCUGUAAUCUGUUGGCAACGUCAUUGCAACGAUAGACCACUAGACCAAUCAACGACUUGUCUGGCGCUCUCGUGCAAAAAGUGCCCGGAUGCAAUGGCUAAAACGACUAAUUGACGAGUCUCGAAUUUACGAGAGAGAGAGAAAGAAAAAACCGCACUAAAGCUAUGUAGCCCCUCCCCGUAUUCCUGGUUCAUUGCAAACAUCAUCCGUUUGUCCGGCCUAGAGGAUACACACACUAACUGACACUGGCAGCUUUUGACGAGUUUAUGUACUAUUGUCACGCGUACUUCGUACGCGUAGAAGUGAGGGCCACGUCGAAUUACAGGGCAAGCACCACGGCUCUGAAGUCCAGUCACCAGUUGCGUACGGUACAGGAUCAGUGCCAGUCGACCAGCCGUGUUAGUGAUAAUCGGCCGAUUGCUGUCCAACCAUAGCAGGGCACAACUUCGCAGCAUUGUAUAUUUUUGUAGCUAUUUUUCCCGGAACAGAGCUGUGCUGAGGCCUGAUCAUUUGUUUCUCUAUGGUCUCUUCAAAAUUGAGUAACUAUUCAGUGUCUGGUGGUUCUACUAGGCCCACAUGAAACAGUACUCAAGAGGAUCAUCACAUCUCUAGAACCCAUUUCUAAAAGUUACUCCGUCUCACUAUGUCGACAUUACAGUACCCUGGACCUCCUCCACCGUCAAGCAUGAACCUCCACAACUCUCAUAUGAUGAACCACCAUCACGGCCUGGUCGGGCCCGGGCUCGCACCCAUUUCUGCGCCAAACGGUAUUCAGCCCCUGAACACGCUCCACAACGGCAGUGGGCCGCCGUCCCACACUCCUUUCUACAUCGACAAUAUCCUAGGAAGCCGACUGAACAUGACGGGCCCGGCUCGACCAACGCCAACCCUUCCAAGUCCUACUUAUCCUGCUCACAUGAACGCGCCGUACAACUCCUUCUACGACCAGCCAGUACAUCCCGGGCUUUCAGCGCCCACGCCGAUCAGCUACGGCUCUGGUGCCUUCUCCAGCCCGCCUCCAUACCCAUUCGCCCGCAGUGACUACCCGCACGGACUUAUCGACAGACACGAUCCUUACUCUAAAGUGCAGGGAAAACCCUUUCUGUGGAAUCCCUUUAUUCAGAGGCCGCUUCAUAAGCGUAAAGGUGGCCAAGUGCGGUUCUCCAAUGACCAGACAAUGGAGUUGGAGAAGAAAUUCGAAAGCCAGAAGUAUCUCUCGCCACCUGAGAGGAAAAAGUUGGCCAAGCUCUUACAACUCAGCGAAAGACAGGUGAAGACGUGGUUCCAGAAUAGGAGAGCUAAAUGGAGACGGGUCAAACAGGAGGUUCCGACAGGAAAAGGGGAGGGUGACGAUAACUGCACAGACUCUCACGAGAACCCUCGCGAUUUGGAAAGGGAUGACUUCAGCCGAGAACAAGUACUCCCCAACGGCGCAGCCUGUGCGUUCUCACACGGGGGCGGGAGUGAAGGGGAGUCGUUAGAAGAGAAAGAGGCAUGAUGAAAGAAUCUUGUUACUGGCCUGAACUGUUAAACUCUUAGAAGUUAACUUGAAAUAUGGAGCUCAAGUGGAAACGGGAGGAAACGAUGAUCUAGACGGGGCAGUAACACAUUUGCUUCUGCACUUGUUACCUAUUAAUUCAGCUAUAUUGGUUGCCGUGUUCUACGUUUGACAGUGAUGCACAUGUACGGUGUGCCAUUAACAUGUUCAAGCCCAAGCUACAGUCUUCACUCAGUCCAACAAGGUGGCAUUGAGGGCUUCAUGCUAUCAAUGCCUUGUUAAACAUGUACAUCAACAACUCAUCAACCUGCAGCGCUUGAAUGGUCUCUUAUCAUACCCUGCUGAGUUUAUUCUCCAAUCAUUCAUUUCUUCAGGAAGAGAGCAUUAGACCAUUCCAACAGUUGUUAUUUGGCAUCGAUGAACUCUUCAGGGUCGGCAACAAAUGGACUCGGUUUUGUAAAGCUUGUUCAUAUGAUUUGAAGUUUUUGCCUUUUAGAGUUGGUAAAAGUUAGUCUAUUUAAAUUUCGGAUAUUUAUAUGUAAGAUUUGUGUGUCUCGUUCGUUGCUCUGACUGGAGUCAGGUUUAAUUGAAGUAAUAUCAUUCUUCUAUAAAUCAUCACUGGACCUGAUAUGCUUCUGACAUCAUCGAUAAGGAUAUUCUUAAAUUCAAUUCUUUGGAAGGUUGCUUGUACCUUGAUUGGGUUUCUUUCAGACGUUACAUUUCGGGGCAAUUCCGAACUAAAGAAGUUGCCGAAAUGGUAACCGUCGUGUUUUUUUUUGUUUGUUUUUUUGUUAGAUAUGAAUGGGAGAUUAUUCUCAGUGUUGUUAUCAGUGGUGUAUAAUCCCUUCCCAAACGAAGUAAAAGUAUCAACA